AUGCACGAGGUCCCGAGGAUUCUGCCUCAGCGCGCGUGGGCUGGAGGACAGGCAAGGGAAGUUUCCGAUCUGCCGAGAUCCCCGGACUCAGCAGACCCGGCGCCGCCCGUGUCUCCACGCGCCUCGCCUCCCAAUUCCCGAAACCGCCAGGUCUGCCCACCUCCAAGUAGUCCACGUGGGAGUCCUUCCGCUGCCCAGCGUGCCUCGCAGAACUGUGUUUUCGCUGCUAAAAUUGCCUGGUUGUUUGGUAUCAAAUCAAUAAUUCAAACAGACUGUUCCAGCACAUGGAAGAUCAUGGCAAACCCAGACCUGUCAUGGUACCAUCAUGCCAACCCCAUCCUCCUGCUGGUGAUGUACUACACGCUGGCAACUCUGAUCCGAAUCUGGCUACAGGAACCCCUUGUGCAGGAUGAGAGCACCAAGGAAGAGGAUGGAGUCCUGGUGUGUAGACCCAUACGAUUAAGGGCUGAGAGGAGGCGGAGCCUGUGGUAUGCUACCCAUUACCCAACCGAGGAGAGAAAACUUCUAUCCAUGACCCAAGAUGACUACAAACCAUCUGAUGGCCUGCUGGUGACCGUGAAUGGCAAUCCUGUGGAUUACCACACCAUCCAUCCUAGUCUUCCCAUCGAGAAUGGCCCCGCCAAAGCCGAGCUGUACUCCACCCCUCAAUACCGGUGGGAGCCCUCGGAGGACUCUACAGAAAAGAAAGAGGAAGAAGAGGAUGAGAAAGAAUAUGAAGAGGAAAGGAGCCAUGAAGAAAAAAGAAGUGUGAAAGUUCACGCCAUGGUCUCUGUGUUCAAGUUUAUUAUGAAACAAAGCUACAUCUGUGCCCUUAUUGCUAUGAUGGCUUGGAGCAUCACCUAUCACAGCUGGUUGACUUUUGUGCUAUUGAUUUGGUCAUGCACUCUUUGGAUGAUUCGCAACAGAAGAAAAUAUGCCAUGAUCAGCUCUCCUUUCAUGGUUGUCUAUGCAAAUCUAUUGCUAGUAUUACAGUAUAUAUGGAGUUUUGAACUUCCAGAGAUUAAAAAGGUCCCAGGAUUUUUAGAAAAGAAAGAGCCAGGAGAACUUGCCUCAAAGAUACUUUUCACCAUUACUUUUUGGCUACUGCUGAGGCAGCACCUCACAGAGCAAAAAGCUCUUCGAGAAAAGGAAGCUCUUUUAUCUGAGGUCAAAAUUGAAACUCAGGAAACUGAAGAAAAAGAUGACAAACAAGAUAUACAAGUGGAAGGAGAGGCUGAAGAGAAGGAGGAAGAAGAGGAAGUGAAGAAGGAGAAGCAAGAGCUUAAGAAGGAAGAGAAGGAGGAAGUGGAAGAAGAUGAUGACCAGGACAUCAUGAAAGUCCUGGGCAAUUUGGUGGUAGCCAUGUUCAUUAAGUACUGGAUCUAUGUGUGUGGAGGAAUGUUCUUCUUUGUCAGCUUCGAGGGUAAAAUUGUGAUGUACAAAAUCAUCUACAUGGUGCUGUUUCUGUUCUGUGUGGCCUUGUAUCAGGUGCACUAUGAAUGGUGGAGGAAAAUUCUUAAAUAUUUUUGGAUGUCUGUGGUUAUUUACACUAUGUUGGUGCUUAUCUUUAUAUACACAUAUCAGUUUGAAAAUUUCCCAGGCCUGUGGCAAAAUAUGACUGGAUUGAAAAAAGAAAAGCUUGAGGAUCUUGGCUUAAAACAGUUCACCGUGGCUGAACUAUUCACUCGCAUAUUCAUCCCAACCUCCUUCCUGCUGGUGUGCAUUUUACACCUUCACUAUUUCCAUGAUCGGUUCCUGGAACUAACAGACCUAAACUCUAUUCCCAGCAAAGAAGACAGCGCCAUCUACAGCCAUGCCAAAGUCAAUGGGCGUGUAUAUCUAAUAAUAAAUAGACUGGCCCACCCUGAAGGAAGCCUUCCAGACCUCGCCAUGAUGAACCUGACCGCUAGCCCGGAGAAGCCGGAGGUGAAGCAGUUGACUGAGCUUGGUGAGGAGAAACCAGAGGGAUGCUCUGCAAAAGCUGAGAAGAGUGAGCUUGGGAAAGACAACGAGAACGAUGAGGAGGAUGAAGAUGAAGAGGAGGAGGAAGAGACGUCAGAUUUAAGGAACAAAUGGCAUCUGGUGAUUGACCGCCUCACUGUGCUCUUCUUAAAAUUCCUGGAGUAUUUUCACAAACUACAGGUGUUCAUGUGGUGGAUUUUGGAGUUGCACAUCAUCAAAAUUGUUUCAUCAUACAUUAUCUGGGUUUCAGUGAAAGAGGUGUCUGUGUUCAACUAUGUAUUUUUGAUUUCUUGGGCUUUUGCUCUGCCAUACGCCAAGCUACGCCGUCUGGCUUCAAGUGUCUGCACUGUCUGGACGUGUGUGAUCAUCGUCUGCAAAAUGUUGUACCAGCUGCAAACCAUUAAGCCUGAGACUUUUUCUGUUAACUGUUCCUUGCCAAAUGAAAACCAAACGGAUAUACCCCUUCACCAGUUGAACAAGUCUCUGCUCUACAGUGCUCCUGUGGAUCCCACAGAGUGGGUCGGACUGAGGAAGUCUUCCCCUUUGCUCAUCUACCUGAGGAAUAAUCUCCUGAUGCUGGCCAUUCUGGCCUUUGAAGUUACAGUUUACCGCCAUCAGGAAUAUUAUCGAGGUCGAAACAACCUCACAGCCCCUGUGUCUAAAACCAUCUUUCAUGACAUUACAAGACUCCAUCUAGAUGAUGGACUUAUUAACUGUGCCAAAUAUUUCAUAAAUUACUUCUUCUACAAAUUUGGUCUGGAGACCUGUUUCCUAAUGUCAGUUAACGUAAUUGGUCAGCGAAUGGAUUUCUAUGCCAUGAUUCACGCCUGCUGGCUGAUUGCUGUCUUAUAUCGACGCAGAAGAAAAGCCAUAGCAGAGAUCUGGCCCAAGUACUGCUGCUUCCUGGCAUGCAUCAUCACAUUCCAGUACUUCAUCUGCAUAGGCAUCCCCCCUGCUCCCUGCAGAGAUUACCCAUGGAGAUUCAAGGGUUCCAACUUCAAUGACAACAUCAUAAAGUGGCUGUAUUUCCCAGACUUCAUUGUGCGGCCCAACCCUGUGUUUCUCGUCUAUGACUUCAUGCUGCUUCUGUGUGCCUCCUUACAACGGCAGAUUUUUGAGGAUGAAAAUAAGGCUGCAGUGAGAAUCAUGGCGGGGGACAAUGUCGAGAUUUGCAUGAAUCUUGAUGCGGCCUCCUUCAGCCAGCAUAACCCUGUGCCAGAUUUCAUUCACUGCAGAUCAUACUUAGAUAUGUCCAAAGUGAUCAUCUUCAGUUACCUCUUCUGGUUUGUCCUCACCAUCAUCUUCAUCACCGGGACAACCAGGAUCAGCAUCUUUUGCAUGGGUUACUUGGUAGCCUGCUUCUACUUCCUGCUCUUUGGGGGUGAUUUGCUAUUGAAACCAAUCAAGAGUAUCCUGCGCUAUUGGGACUGGCUGAUUGCAUACAACAUUUUUGUGAUUACGAUGAAAAACAUACUGUCAAUAGGAGCAUGUGGCUACAUCGAAAACUUGGUUGAAAAUAGUUGCUGGUUAAUACAAGCUUUCAGCCUGGCCUGCACAGUCAAAGGCUAUAAAAUGCCUCGUGAUGAUUCUUCAUGUAAACUACCCAGUGGUGAAGCAGGAAUUAUUUGGGACAGCAUAUGUUUUGCCUUCCUCCUGCUUCAGAGAAGAGUUUUCAUGAGUUACUAUUUCCUGCAUGUUGUGGCAGAUAUAAAAGCUUCACAGAUCCUGGCAUCGAGAGGGGCUGAACUUUUCCAAGCCACAAUUGUAAAAGCUGUAAAGGCAAGAAUUGAGGAAGAGAAAAAGUCGAUGGAUCAGCUGAAGAGGCAGAUGGAUCGCAUCAAGGCCAGGCAACAGAAAUACAAAAAGGGUAAGGAGAGGAUGCUGAGCUUGACCCAGGAAUCAGGGGAAGGCCAAGACAUCCACAAACACUCUGAAGAGGAUGACGAUAGAGAAGCAGACAAAAAGAAAGCCAAGGGCAAAAAAAAGCAGUGGUGGCGGCCUUGGGUUGAUCAUGCUUCCAUGGUCAGGAGUGGAGAUUAUUAUUUGUUUGAAACGGAUAGCGAAGAGGAGGAAGAGGAAGAAUUAAAAAAGGAAGAAGAAGAACCUCCAAGAAAGUCAGCUUUCCAGAGAGCUAUUGGGAAGUUUGCAUCAGCCAUUUUAGCCUUGCCAAAGUCUGUCAUUAAACUUCCCAAAACUAUUCUACAGUAUUUAAUCAGAGCUACAAAGGUAUUUGAUGUUUACUGUCCUGUGGAGUGUGAAGACGGAGAGAAUGAACCAGUCAAAAAGAAAUCUGAUGGACCAGAUAAUAUCAUCAAGAGGAUAUUUAAUAUUUUGAAAUUUACCUGGGUCCUCUUUCUGGCAACAGUGGAUAGUUUUACAACUUGGCUUAACUCCAUUUCAAGGGAACAUAUUGAUAUAUCUACAGUUCUGAGAAUUGAAAGAUGCAUGUUAACCAGAGAAAUUAAAAAGGGCAACGUUCCAACUCGGGAAAGCAUCCACAUGUACUAUCAGAACCACAUCAUGAACCUUUCCAGAGAGUCUGGACUGGAUGCAAUUGACGACCGUCCUGGUGCUUCUUCAGGUGCACAGGCAGCCCACAGGAUGGAUAGCUUAGAUUCGCAUGACAGUAUCUCCAGCUGCUACACUGAAGCAACCAUGCUGUUCUCAAGGCAGUCUACCCUUGAUGAUUUAGAUGGACCAGAAACUGUUCCUAAAACAAGUGAGCGUGCUCGACCUAGGCUCCGUAAAAUGCUCAGCUUGGAUAUGUCCUCCUCAUCAGCUGACAGUGGCAGUUUAGCAUCAAGCGAGCCCACGCAGUGCACCAUGUUGUACUCACGCCAGGGGACCACAGAAACCAUAGAAGAGGUGGAGACGGAGCAGGAUGAGGAGAUGGAGGAGGGCGAGGAGGAGGAGGAGGAGGAGGCGGAGGAGGAGGAAGAGGCGGUGGAGACAGAAGAAUCUGAGGAGGUCAGCCUCACUCCUGACACUGAGUUGCCACGGUACUCCACCGAGGAGGGCAAUGUGGAGGUCCCGCCAUCCUACAGCAAGGCGGUCAGCUUUGAGCGCCUGUCCUUCGACUCACGGGAUGACUGCGCAAGCCCAAGCCGCAUGGCGGUCAGUCCCGACGACAGCCGCUCCGACAGGCUGGAGUCCAGCAUCUUACCACCGCUGACUCACGAGCUGACUGCCAGCGAGCUGCUGCUGAACAAAAUGUUCCAUGACGAUGAACUUGAAGAGUCGGAAAAAUUCUACAUUGGCCAGCCCAGGUUCUUGCUGUUGUUCUACGCCAUGUACAACACACUGGUGGCCCGCUCAGAAAUGGUGUGCUAUUUUGUGAUCAUCCUCAACCACAUGGUCUCUGCCUCCAUGAUCACCCUUGUGCUCCCCAUUCUGAUCUUCCUCUGGGCCAUGCUGUCUGUCCCUAGGCCCAGCAGACGGUUCUGGAUGAUGGCCAUUGUCUACACAGAGGUGACAAUUGUGGUCAAGUAUUUCUUCCAGUUUGGGUUUUUUCCCUGGAAUAAGCAUGUGGAAUUCAACAAGGAUAAACCUUACCAUCCACCUAAUAUCAUAGGAGUGGAAAAGAAAGAAGGUUAUGUUCUUUAUGAUCUCAUUCAGCUCCUGGCUCUUUUCUUCCAUCGAUCAAUUUUGAAGUGCCACGGCUUAUGGGAUGAAGAUGACAUCACUGAUAGUGGCACAGACAAGGAAGAAUCAGAUGAUGAGCUAUCCCUCAGUCAUGGCAGAAGGGCUUCCUCUGAUUCUCUGAAAUCCAUCAACCUGGCCGCGUCCACGGAGUCAGUGCAUGUGUCCUUCCCUGAGCAGCCAACAGCUGUACGGAGGAAACGCUCUGGCAGCAGCUCCCAGAUAUCCCACAGAUCCAGCUUUUCUUCAAAUAGAUCCCAAAGAGGCAGCACAAGCACCCAAAACAGCAGUCUAAAAGGUAGCAGUGUUUUGAGCAUCAAGCAAAAAAGCAAAAGGGAACUUUAUAUGGAAAAGCUUCAAGAACAUUUAAUCAAAGCAAAAGCAUUUACCAUAAAGAAGACUCUGCAAAUAUAUGUGCCCAUCAGACAGUUCUUCUACAACCUCAUCCACCCAGACUACAGUGCUGUGACUGAUGUCUAUGUGCUUAUGUUCCUGGCUGACACUGUCGACUUCAUCAUCAUCGUCUUUGGCUUUUGGGCCUUUGGGAAACACUCAGCAGCAGCAGACAUCACCUCUUCGCUGUCUGAGGACCAGGUACCUGGGCCGUUUCUGGUGAUGGUCCUCAUUCAGUUUGGAACCAUGGUGGUGGACCGAGCACUGUACCUCAGGAAGACUGUAUUGGGAAAGGUCAUUUUCCAGGUCAUUCUUGUGUUUGGAAUUCACUUCUGGAUGUUCUUCAUCUUGCCUGUUGUGACUGAGAGGAAAUUCAGCCAGAACCUGGUUGCUCAGCUUUGGUAUUUUGUGAAAUGUGUUUACUUCGGGUUGUCUGCCUACCAAAUCCGUUGUGGAUACCCCACACGAGUCCUUGGAAACUUCCUCACAAAGAGCUACAAUUAUGUCAACCUCUUCUUGUUUCAAGGGUUCCGCCUUGUUCCAUUUUUGACUGAGCUGAGGGCGGUGAUGGACUGGGUGUGGACAGAUACAACCUUGAGCCUCUCCAGCUGGAUCUGUGUAGAAGACAUCUAUGCUCACAUAUUCAUCCUGAAGUGUUGGCGGGAGUCAGAAAAAAGAUACCCUCAACCCCGGGGACAGAAGAAGAAGAAAGUGGUGAAGUAUGGCAUGGGAGGCAUGAUCAUCGUUGUGCUCAUUUGUAUUGUCUGGUUUCCUCUUCUCUUCAUGUCUUUGAUCAAAUCUGUCGCUGGGGUGAUCAACCAACCUCUGGAUGUCUCGGUCACAAUUACCCUGGGAGGUUACCAGCCUAUUUUUACAAUGAGUGCCCAGCAAAGCCAGCUGAAAGUUAUGGACCACUUAAAGUUUAAGAAAUUUACAGGAGCUUUUUCUAGGGACACUGGUGCUAUGCAAUUUCUGGAAAAUUAUGAAAAAGAAGACAUAACAGUAGCAGAACUGGAAGGAAACUCAAAUUCUUUAUGGACCAUCAGCCCUCCCAGUAAGCAGAAAAUGAUAAACGAACUCAUGGACCCAAAUAGUAGCUUCUCUGUUGUUUUUUCAUGGAGUAUUCAGAGAAACAUGAGUCUGGGUGCAAAAGCAGAAAUAGCAACAGAUAAACUUUCUUUUCCUCUGAACAAUAUUACACGAGAGAAUAUAGCUAAAAUGAUAGCUGGCAACAACACAGAAAGUUCAAAAACGCCAGUGACUAUAGAAAGGAUCUACCCAUAUUAUGUGAAAGCACCUAGUGAUUCUAACUCCAAACCUAUAAAGCAACUUUUAUCUGAAAAUAAUUUCAUGAAUAUCACCAUCAUUUUGUCCAGAGACAAUACAACUAAAUCUAACAGUGAGUGGUGGGUUCUCAACCUGAUUGGAGAUAGACUAUACAAUCAGCAUGCCCAGGCCUUGGAGCUGGUGGUCUUCAAUGACAAAGUUAGUCCCCCCAGUCUGGGCUUCCUGGCUGGCUAUGGUAUCAUGGGAUUAUAUGCUUCAGUUGUCCUCGUGAUUGGGAAGUUUGUCCGUGAAUUCUUCAGUGGAAUUUCUCACUCCAUCAUGUUUGAAGAGCUUCCAAAUGUGGAUCGAAUUUUGAAGUUGUGCACAGAUAUUUUUUUAGUUCGAGAGACAGGAGAACUAGAACUAGAGGAAGAUCUCUAUGCCAAAUUAAUAUUCCUGUACCGUUCACCAGAAACCAUGAUCAAAUGGACUAGAGAAAAAACAAAUUGAUACUGUAAGACACAGUCUGCAAAUCAAGUUAACAUUUGAAUUUUCAAAAAAAAAAAGCACAAUAUUCUCAUAAGAGCUAAAGCAUUUCUAGUUCAAUGGAAAUGAUUUCUCUUCUGACAGGUGGCCAAAGGGAGUUGACUUCCUUUUGCAGUCAAAGCUACUUUGCAAGUUAAGGCGCUGUUGAAUUUGUAAUUCAAUUUCUCUGAAAUCAGGGCUGCUUGGAUUAUAUUUUAAUCAACAGUAUUUUGCAUUCUAAUGGACUAUGUGAAGGAAUCAUUUAUGGGUCUCCCCCCUCAGAGAAAAAGAAGAGAAGAAUAAUUAAGAAGAAAAGACACCAUGUUUUCCUGUGUGGGGACUGUGCCCUUCCUGAAGAGAUGCUAUACUGCAUACACAGCAUUCUGUCGCCAAUGGGGAAGCUGCUGCGAGGAGAAUAGGUGGGCUUCAGCACACCCCAAAUAUGCAACAGCAAUAGGAGGCUGAAAAUUCCUAAACAUAUUUCUAGGAGGAAGAGAAAGAGAGCCAAUGACCCACGAAGAUGCCAGUGGAUGGAUAAGCCACAUUCUAAGCAAAAAGAUAACAUUAGUGACACUCUUACUGCCUUAUCUUAACUGAAGACUAAUAAUUAAACACCAGUGACUUCUCAGGAAAAAAAAAGCAGCAAAACAAAUAUGUGGACACUGGCUUUGUUGAGGCCCAGCUAGUGACUCACUUCAAUGGUGGUGGCUGUUUAGCUUCAGAGUUACUGCUCCUGGUAAAACACAGACAUGAGGUAGAAAGAUAAAAUGUGCCACCCAGCAGAUGUAGAAUACUUGGACUUUGUAACUCUUUAUUAACUGAGGUCAUGAGCACUCUUCUGUCUUCCUCAUUCCUCACAUGCUUUUUCCCUUUUCGAUGAUUUAAGGCAAUGGUUUUUCCAGUAUGUGACAUUUUCCUUCCUGUUUUUCAGGUAUAUCAAAGAGUUUACAUAUAAUAAUUCACAUUUUUACAUCUGAGACGGGUUUUUUAAGUUCAUAAUUAUGAAAGAAAUAUGUAUAUUGAGCUUGGGGAAAUAAAAAAUGGCCUUUUCUUAAAUUAUUAUUGGUAAUACAACCUCUUCACUAAAUAACAAUGUAGCAUGGAAAUUUAUGACUGAAAUGUAGUUGUCAUUCCAUAUUAAAGUACAGUUUCUGAGAAGAAUCAUUGAAUGGACUAGAAUAUGUCAAAAAAAUGAUCUUAUGUAGCUUGGGUUCAGGACUGACUUAAAAUAAAGUGCA